AUGCGUGUCCCUUACCGGUCUUCGCCAGCCGAGGCAACAUCGCAGCCAACAGCCCAACUUAGUGCACCAACCAUGACUGUCAGCCAGGCUCAGGCAUUGUCGUCUUCCCAGAACUCGGAUGCAAUCAUGAAACAGCACGUUACCGUCAUUUCAGCCGAUCUACUAAUUCCCGGUCGCGGUGAUCCGCUUAAGAACGCUGUUGUCGCCGUUGAGAACGACAAGAUUGCUUUUGUCGGGUUAAGCAAGGAGUUGCCAGAGAAGUAUCGUUCAAUCGAAGCUGUACACGUCCCCGUCAUUAUGCCGGGCCUCUGGGACGUACACGUGCAUUUUGUUGGUAUGGAUAUUGCCACUAGCAUCUCGGGAGGCCUUUUCAACUUCCUGCCCGGCUCCAACGCUCUUGUUGGUGCCAUCACCGUCGACGAUCUCGAAAGGACACUGAUGGCUGGUUAUACCUCGAUACGUGAGCUCGGUGGCUAUGCUGGCGACUUGGUUCCGGGCAUCAAAAAGGGUCGUCUUCUCGGGCCGAAUGUGUACUCCUCCAUUGCCGCCAUGUCGAUCAGCGGCGGACAUGGCGACGAGCACGCGUUUCCUAUCGAAACGGUUCUGAACUUUGCCAAGUGUGGCGGGCCCUGCUCCAUUGCUGACGGCCCAGAUGAGUGUAUUAGACAAGUAAGAUUGCUUGUCCGUCGAGGCGCGAGUUGCAUCAAGGUCUGCUCAAGUGGCGGAGUCUUGAGUUUACUGGAUGAUCCAGAGGAUAGACAAUUCUCGGACGAAGAACUCAAGGCCAUCGUAGAUGAGGCCGCACGUAGUCGAAGAUCUGUUGCAGCUCAUGCCAUCGGUAAAGCAGGCAUUCUGGCCGCCUUGAGGGCUGGUGUCAAGACUAUCGAACAUGGAAUGUACCUGGAUGACGAGGUUGCCGAUAUAAUGCUGGAAAAAGGUGCCAUCUUUGUACCUACCCAACAUAUUGUCAACACAGUCAGCAAGGAUACCUCUCAGCUGCCACCACCGAUAGCACGCAAGAUCGAAGGACUGGUUCAGAAAGCUUCGGAGUCGUACCAGCUGGCUAUCAAAAGAGGCGUCAAGAUUGCGCUGGGAACCGAUACGGCCAGCAGCGACCGCACCAAAGAGUUAGCCCAUGGAACGAAUGCUAGAGAGCUGUACUGGGCAGUGAAGAAUGGUAUGACGCCGCUGCAGGCUAUCGAAGCCAGCACGGCUAAUGCUCCCGAGACUCUCGGCGGGAUGGCGCCUCUCAGCGGCCAGCUCAAGGAAGGGUACGAUGCGGAUUUGAUCGCCGUGGCAAAGAAUCCACUCGAGGAUAUUGAAAUCCUUACAAAGCAGGACAACAUUACUCACGUCUGGAAAGAGGGUCGGUUGUUCAAGUCCCCUUGA